ACUCUUUGGAGCCAGCGAAGUCAUUUUCUGCUGCUUUUGCCAGCGAAAAACGCCAGCAGCUCCCCGGGCCAUUGAUUCUCGCCAUGACUUUCGGCCUCAAAUGUGGCCUGCCCAAGAGGAGACGGUGACCUUUUCGUUGCGGGAUUACACCAACCUGUACCGAAAGGCCGAACUGAAAGACUUGCAGCGGCAGAUGUCAGCUGACCAAGCAAACUUGGAGAAGGAAAAUGAGGCGCUCUUGAACAAGCUUCGGAACGGCCAAGCCGAACGCCAGCACCGCCGUGAGGUCUUACCACAGAAUUGGCAACUUCUGAGCCACGAAGCACAAGGUGAAUGCCAGUUUCGAAGUGGCCAAGAGCGAGCUCCAGCGACCUACAAUUUUACCCUGGAAUUUCGUGUGUUCGAAGAUGAGUGGACUGCGAUUCGGCUCAUUGACGCGCAAACCAUCGUCAAAAAUUGGUCGAUCUCUAGGAGAUCGGCCAAUCAUUCAGAUUCCUUUCAAGAGAUCACGUUGGGCAGCGACACCUUUCUGAUGCUCCAGCCAAGGGAAGAAGCGAAAGAUGUGGAAGCUUGGGAGGACCAUUCGCAGGUGACCAACGUCUCUGGGAUCUACAGGAUCUCGUUUCAAACUCAUUCGCACGUUCGGAGCAAUCGGCAGCUGCAAACUCUGCAACUUAACCUGCUGCAUCCGAUAUCAGAGACACAGCUGCGCCUUGGUGCUGAGAACGGGCACAUUCGUGAGAUCUCGGUGGAACCCACGGCACAUUGGGAGGCCAAGGAGGCAGCCAACUUUACGGAUUUGAAGAUAUACAUGCCGAGCACCCGACAGAUGAGUUUGAAAUGGCGCAUUGUUCCCAGAGGAAGCUACGUCGCAGAUGAACCAGGCGCAGAAUCUUCUCCAGAGACCCAAGUUGAAGCCAGUGUGGUCCACGAUAUGCUUCAUUCGGUGGAUGAAAGCAUCCUGCACACUUUGCACAGCUUCAAAUAUGUCUUAGACUCCGAACAAUCCUUAAACAAGAUCGAGAUCCACUUCCCCGGCCGCGAGCGCAUCACCAGUGUGGUGGCGCAGGGGAUGACUAACUGGAAGUCAAUGCCACGGAGUGCCAAUGCAACUGCCAAGAGUGGAAGCGUCCUGCAGGUGGCCUUCAAGAGCUCUGCCAUCUCCAAGGAAGUGGUAAUUCUGGUGACCACUGAGCUCAGUACCCAGCACAAGAAGCGGCUGCAGCUUCCCACAGCGCACUGCCAACGGGUGCUGCGCCAGUCUGGCACCAUCGCCGUGGUGAAGUUGGCCAACAUCGAGCUGCACCAGGAGGCGGCCGUGGGUGCGGCGCGCUUGGGCAUCGACCAGGUGCCAUUGCACAUGAGCAGCAAGGCAGGAAAACCGAUAAUCCUAGCAUACAAGUUCAUGGCGCCUACUCACACCGUCGACUUGUCAGUCAUCCACCACGAGGAAAUGAACACCUUGGAGUCUGUCGUUGAUGCUGCGCUGUACAAAGUUCUAGUGGUCGACGACCAGGUGAUGCACAACCUCUUGCUGAAUCUGCAAAACACACAACGUCAAUACAUGGCCGUACAAGGAAUAGAUCCAGACGCCACCAUUUGGACGGCCAAAGUGAAUAGCGUUUCCUCCAAGCUGGCGCUACGUGAUGGACAGCUCUUAGUACCUCUGCAAGUGGCCGGUGCCGGCUUCGAGUCCAAGUCCUCGGUGGAGAUCGCCUGGGUCCAACCACUGCAGCUGGAGCGUGCGGGGAUGGUGCAGCUGAAGCCACCCCGUUUGGAUAUGCCCAUGGCAGCUUUGAGCAUGGAGGUGUGGUUCCCUGCCGACUAUGAAGUGAACUUCACAACUUCCCUCCGCCAGGUGGAGGCCUACUCACAACGCCAACCCAGUGCUGUGAAUUAUGAGACGGGCAAGGAGGUGGUGGACAAGGACUUUGACUUUGCCUCUGCACCAAGACCCAAGCGCAAAGAUGCCGGUGUUCAAAGUAAGAUGCCAAAGGCUGGGAGUCGUUGGCGCUUCGAACAGCUUCUGGUGGUGGAUGGAAAGGCUGACUUGAAGAUCGCAUACCAGAAGCCCGAGGCCGAAAUGGAGGGCUGGCUGACCUACCUGAGCAAAAUCUGCAUGUUUUGA